CUGGGUCCAGUAAAUGGGGAUAAAACGUGCAAAACUUCGGCAUGGAUAUGUUCCAACACAAUCAUAACCGGGAGGCCAAGACAAUAACUUCAAUGUGACACUUGACAGACACAUAACUCCACAGUUCCACUGAUUCGGUCUAUGAUGUGAUUAUUUUUAAUAUGCUCCAUUAACAUUGGCGUUUGUGGUGCAUUAAGAGAUGUCAGUCAUUCGAAUGCUCCCCAUGUGCAGUUAAGACAAAUAUGCUGACAUAAAUGUUUGCAAGUUAAUGCACUGAUUAAGGUAACUAAUGACUGCAUUAGUGUAACUGAUGAUGAUGUACAGUGAGACACUACAGAGCUUGUUUUUCUCAGAUCUGUUUCUGUUUUGUAGGAAAGUCCUGUGAUGUCCUUGAAAAGCCUAACCACUGAAAAUAGAUGGUGCAGGCAGCCUGAACCUGACUCUGCUGUGUCUGUCUGUUUUCCAGAACAACAGGACAGUAUGGCCACCACUGUUGCUGUCAGCCCCAGCGAAUACCUUCAGCCCUCCACCGCUUCCACACAAGACACCCAGCCCUCUCCUCUGGCCCUCCUGGCUGCCACCUGUAGUAAGAUCGGCCCCCCUGCUGCUCAGGUUCCUGUCACCUCUCCUCCAGCGCAGCCGCAGCCUCGCAGGCUCCUCCCUAUAAAGCCGGCUCCAAUCGCCCCUGCUCCGCCCAAAAACCUGGGUUUUCUGUCAGCCAAGGGCAAUGUGAUCCAACUCCCUGCCGGCCUGGGCUCCACGGCCCCUGGCAGCCCCAUCGUCCUCACUAUCCAGCAGAGCCCAGCUCGCACCAACACCUCGGCCCCCGCCAACAUCCAGUACCAGGUGGUGCCGCAGAUUCAGGGUGCCCAGACUAUCCAGGUGAUGCCUCAGGGUGGUCAGAUCCAGCUCAUACCAGGCACCAAUCAGGCCAUCAUCACCGCUCCCAUGACUGUACCAGCCCCUGCGGCCGCCACCACUCCGGUCACGCCGCAGAAGACUGUAGCCAUCAAGCCCACCCCUAAGCUACGGAAGCCAAACAACUCUGCUGCAAACAUGGUGCAGCUGCCAAGUGGGCUCACGCUGCCGCUCAACGUGGCGACCGGAGAGGUGGGGGGGGCUCAAAUCGUCACAGAGACAGCAGCUGCCCCUCCCACUCCUGGAAAGGGACGACGAGGGAGGAAGAAGAAAGCGGUACUGGCUGCUCAGCCUCCACUUCCUCCUCCUGCACAGGCUGCCUCCCCACCCCCAGAGCAGAUGGAGACCAUCCUGAUAGAAGCUGGUGACAACAUCAUACAGGCUGGUAACAACCUACUGAUCGUGCAGAGUCCCGGGCAGCCAGCUGUGGUGCAGCAGGUCCAGCUGGUCCAGCCCAAACCGGAUUCUCAAGUGGUUCAGAUCCCACAGCAGGCACUGAAGGUGGUGCAGGCCGCCUCCGCCACGCUGCCGCCCGUCCCGCAGAGACAGUCAGUCCCUUCGAACGUGCAGGUCACUCCGACAGAGCCAUCACCAACACAGAUCCUCUUCAAAACAGCAUCGGGUGAGUGGCAGUCAGUUCUGCUCCAGGACUCGGUCUCCACGACAACGACCCCCACCACGUCGGUCACCACGAGCACAACCUCGCCGCCGGCUGGCACCAAAAGGACUCUUGCAGGGGGCCGGAAGGAAAGGACUCUGGCAAAAAUUGCCCCAGCGGGGGGGAUGAUAGCGUUGAAUUCAUCGCAGCUCUCCUCAGCAGCCCAGGCAGUGCAGACAAUCAGCAUCAACGGGGUCCAAGUUCAGGGAGUUCCUGUGACCAUCACCAACGCAGGGGGCCAGCAGCACCUAACGGUGCAGACGAUGCAGGGCGGAGGGCUCCAGCUGGCAGCGUCGCAGGGGCAGCCGGCCAUCCAGGUAGACCAGACCCUCACUCUGGAGCUGCCCGGCCAGCCGGGGGAGAAGAAGCGACGCAUGGCCUGCACGUGCCCCAACUGCAAGGACGCAGACAAGAGGCCCGGGGAGGUGGGGAAGAGGAAGCACAUCUGCCACGUCCCCGGCUGUGAGAAGACGUUCAGGAAAACGUCGCUGCUCAGAGCUCACGUCCGGCUGCACACCGGCGAGAGGCCCUUCGUCUGCAACUGGGUUUUCUGCGGGAAACGUUUCACGCGCAGCGACGAGCUGCAGCGGCAUGCCAGGACGCACACAGGAGACAAGCGGUUUGAGUGCAGCCAGUGUCAGAAACGCUUCAUGAGGAGCGACCACCUGACGAAGCAUUAUAAGACUCACAUAAACACCAAGAACCUGUGAGCAGACUGUGUACCGAGGGUACACACAGACAAACUCUCAGAGACUAGAGACUGUGUUAGAGGAAGAAGGUGCAGAGGAGACGAUACCAAGGGAGUGUCAGUGACUUAUCCCAUAAUGGGAAAUACUCCAAAAAGACAGUCCCUGCGUCUCCUCUCACUCCUCUAGGACACUGUGUAGCGUGGUGUACAAAGAAAUCCUUCCUGGUGGACUUCAAAAAUGAUCCAGCAAAUUUAUUAAUAAUAGAUUUUUUUCCUUUU